AUGCCUCGAUUGAAAAAAACUAAAAAGAGAAAUCCUCAAGCAGUUCCUUCUGCUAAUUCCGCUUAUUUUGAUGCAGAUAUUGUUCAAGUUAUUUGUUCUUUCAUGAACAUGGAAGACUACUUACCAUUGCAAAUGGUGGACACGUCCUUCUUGAAAGGAGUCCGACAAUUUUGUGCUACAAUUCCAUACUUUCGAUUCACCAAACAUUUUUUCUAUUUGAUUGAAACCGCAGGAGUAAAAAAAGAAGCGAGUUUGCUUCAAUUCAGUGCUCAGCCUCCUGAAAUUCGUCCACGAUCCUCUACAUCUAAUUAUAUUCCAAAGUUUACCAAUUCACAGUCGGACAGAGCUAGCAUGACGAUCAUUCACAAACAAUUGAGAGUACUACUGAGUAAUCUUUUCGUUCAUGCUAAAAGUGUCUAUUUCUCAGACGUGGAGAUUACAAAAUCUUUGAUGAAUGAUCUCAUGUUCGACACAAGAAAACCAAGUGUGAUGGAAAAAAAUAAGGACAAUCGAUUGAAUUUUAAAUUUACUGAAAUGAAUGUGUUUGAAACAAUUGAACACAUUUCAUUUGUUGGAUGCACAUUUGAGAGAAGUGUCAUGUCCUUUUUGGCAAGCAAAUUAAUUAAUCUUAAAAGCUUGCUUAUAUUCAAUUCUAAUGAAUUACAAUAUCAUGAGGUUUAUCAUUGGUUUAACAAAAAAUCAAAGUGCAAAUCCUUACGUUUUUUCUAUCAUGACCUCAUUCCUAUUCCUGAAAUUAUUCACGAAGCAAAGUUGACAACUGAAGAAUUAGAAAUAUUAACAAAAAAAGGACAUGUCCUUAGCGCUGAUAAGAAAGCAAAUCAGACAUCCAUGCUUAAAUGGUGGGCAACAUCGAAGCAAGACAUUCAAGAUAUGGUUGAGUCAAUUCCUGACCAUGUGAUUGCCAUUCCCAUCGUUUGUACUUGUUCAUAUUCUCUUAUUGAACAAAAAUUUCAGAAAUAUGAGAGUGCUCUUCAGGAAUAUAUGAAUUUAUUUGGAAUAUUUAGUAAUUCAUUUGCAGAUCGUGAGUUGCGUGUUCAGUUAUGUGGAGGUAAAAUUCAUAAGAGAAGAAAUAAUUCCGUUUUGCCCUUUCACACGACAACUGCACCAUCAACCACAACACAACAGGUUGUUCUACCACCUCAAUUAGAGACUAUCAAUAUUGACACCAUGUUAAACAAUGUGGAAUUCAUGUUGAGUAAUGGACUACAUCUAUUCGAUAUCCCAUUUGAUGGAUAUGAUUUUCUUCAAUAUGCCAUUUUCUUGCAUCAAAACGAGCCGAGGUUGUGGAAUCUAUUUGAGAAAUAUCACUUUCGAAAAUUACCUGAUUUUAACAAGCUCAUCAUUCAACCUCACUUGCAUGAGCAAGUCAACACUCUCUUGAAAGGUAUCAUUCGUUUGUCUGUGUCGACUUUUUAUCCUGUGAAUAUGGACAAUCUGAUUGGUUUUAUGCAAGAAAUUAAGGAAAAGAAAUGUUACCCUCGUGACUUUAACGAUGUUUUGGAAGACAUGCUUGAUCACUUUCCUGCCUUGAUCAAACCUUGUGUUGAGAAGGGUCUGUUUAACCUGAACUGCAGUAGCCUCCCUUUGCCAGCGUUUUAUCGUCCCGAUGAAGAAGACAGUAAGAGAGCAUUUGAAUUUCUCAAAGAACAACAUGAACUAGAAAGAAAAACGAAGAAGAGAAAAUAUUAA